GGAAGACUCAUACCGUACACAACUUCAGGUCAAAAAAAUCGCAAACUCGGCACUGAAACGUCAUUUUUUUUAUCGUAUCUUUCACGUUUACCUGACAUCUACCCAUCGUUAAACCCAGGACAAGAGAGAGGCGUACAAUCAAGAAAAACAAAGGGAACUAACUUAUUUUCAUAUUAAAUUCCAGCACAAUGUCCGCGCCUGACAAGUUCGGCAACGACAUCGAAUCCGAGUCGGAUUCCGGCAAUGAGUCUGUCAACGAAGGUCUCGAUGAUGGAGUUGAGGAAGUAGAUCAGAAGCCUCUCAAGUCAGCUAUGAAGAAAUCGCCCAUGGCUGCACUUCCUCCCGUUCAGCGACCUCCUCUUCCUCCCCAGACCGAUGCGAAAGACCUCGACCUCCCCUCGUUGACCCCGCUUACGCCCGAGAUUAUUGCCCGACAGGCAACCAUCAACAUUGGCACGAUCGGCCACGUCGCUCACGGAAAGUCUACCGUCGUGAAGGCCAUCUCCGGCGUACAGACGGUCCGUUUCAAGAACGAACUGAUCCGAAAUAUUACCAUCAAGCUGGGUUAUGCGAACGCCAAAAUCUACAAAUGUGACAAUCCCGAGUGUCCUAGACCUGGCUGCUACCGAAGCUACAAGAGUGAGAAGGAAGUUGACCCUCCGUGCGAACGCGAUGGAUGCAGUGGUACAUACAGAUUGUUGCGACACGUCUCUUUUGUGGAUUGCCCUGGUCACGAUAUUCUCAUGAGUACUAUGUUGUCUGGAGCCGCAGUCAUGGACGCUGCUCUCCUGCUCAUUGCUGGCAAUGAAUCCGUGCCUCAACCUCAGACCUCGGAACAUCUUGCGGCUAUCGAGAUUAUGAAGCUAGACAAGAUCAUCAUCCUCCAGAACAAGGUCGACCUGAUGCGGGAAGAAGCCGCCCAACAACAUUACCAGUCGAUUCUGAAAUUCGUCCGUGGAACUCCUGCCGCCAAGUCGCCAAUUAUCCCCAUCUCCGCCCAGCUGAAGUUCAACAUUGACGCUAUCAACGAGGCUAUCGUAAACACCAUCCCCGUACCCAUCAGAGAUUUCACCCAGGAACCGCACAUGAUGGUCAUCCGAUCUUUCGAUGUUAACAAGCCUGGUGCCGAGAUCGAGGAGCUAAAGGGUGGUGUUGCUGGUGGCAGUAUUCUACACGGUGUGCUGAAGCUUGGUGACGAGAUCGAGAUCCGACCAGGUAUUGUGACUCGAGAUGAUAAGGGUGCUCUCCAAUGCAAGCCCAUCUGCAGUCGCAUUGUGUCUCUAAACUCGGAAUUCAACGACCUGAAAUAUGCCGUCCCUGGUGGUCUUAUCGGUGUUGGUACGCGUAUCGAUCCUACCCUCUGCCGAGCUGAUCGUCUGGUUGGUUUCGUUCUCGGUCUCAAGGGUCGUCUCCCAGCUAUCUAUAGUGAGAUCGAAGUUAACUUCUACCUCUUGAAGCGACUUCUUGGUGUUCGUACAGCAGACGGCAAGCAAGCAAAGGUUGCCAAGUUGACCAAGAACGAGGUGCUAAUGGUGAACAUUGGUUCUACCUCGACUGGUGCUAAGGUUGCUGCUAUCAAGCAGGACGCCGCUAAGCUAUCCUUGACCAGCCCUGCUUGUACAAACUUGGGAGAGAAGAUCGCUCUAAGCCGAAGAAUCGAAAAGCACUGGCGUCUUAUCGGAUGGGCCACUAUCACAGCCGGUGUCACGUUAGAGCCAACCGAAUCGUGAGAAUCAGGCGUGGUAUAAGGCAUAUCGCGAAAAGUGUUUUACAAGCUACAGUUUUGAGGCUGUAGCUAGGAGCACAAAACAAAUAGGGUCCCCUGGGUACGGAGGUCUAUCGUCAGGAGCAUGGUCUUUAGGUACUUGGCAGGAUUGCAGACACCUUACCGGAAGCUCUUGAGAGUGGAGAGAAAAUCUCCGGGGAGGUUUGUGUAUCUGGGUGCUUGCAAUAGACAAAAUGGAAGAAUUAAUAAUGACUAUUCCAGUGGACCUCGACUUCUGAUCUUCGCCCAAGGAGAUUGGAGACCCUAGGAGAACUCGUCUGCAUAAUGAAACAGUCUAUGAACAAUGCCCCAGUUGUUGUGACUACAAAAAUAUCCAAUCACUUACGUUGUAGCCUUAAACCUCAGUAUAAUUAUAUUAUUGCUCCGAUCAAA